AUGAAAAAAGUUCCAGAAAGCAGCUGGAUGAAAUUUGGCCCAGCAGGACGAGGCUCUUACGACUGGGUGGCAGGAGGUUCAGCAUCACCACCACACAAGGAUAAACAGCCACAGGGUUACCAGUGGAAUGAGCUACCAAAUGACCAGGAUGUCAAGUUUGAGAUCAUCAUGUACGUCCUCCUCCCGUUGGCAUUACUCCUCAUCUUCUGCCUCACAGCUUUCCUGGUCUACAGGAGAUGCUUACGCAGCAAGCUCAGCUUGGCCAACGUAAUUGCGCUGGACCUACAAGACCCUGAAAGUAGCAUCGAGAUCCUCUCUUCACGCCUGAACAGUACCAGCUCUGACACGUCUGACGGUGUAUUCCUCAUGGUUUACCUUCCUCCACCCUACGAGGAGACCCUUACCAAGAUCACCCGUGCGGCAAGUCUUACCAGUGGAAAAGAUAUUGAGUCCAUGAAGAUGGAAGAUCUUGAGGCUAUACUCUGUCCUGAGCUCAAAUCUAGUGGACAUUAUGUGUGA